AUGCAGGUGCAAUCCGUCAAUGGAAAUUCACGCUUCAGUAUCAAAGUUAUCGCCAUUCCGAAAAUUGGCGAGGACAUUGCGUACGUUUAUGUUGAACAUCUAAAAGGGGUUGUGGGAAACGAAUUCGCCGCACUAAAUAGAGCUUCAGGACCCGUUGAUAUUCUGAUCGGCAUUGACCAUGCGAAGUUUCAUGGCGGGACCACGCACGUAAAUGAGCGGUUCGCUAUUCGGAAUUCUAUUCUUGGUCCUGUUGUGUUUGGCGCCGCAUCCCUCAAUUCUGAAAUGACAUAUAGCGAAUAUCAUGUCUCUCUGUUGGAACCGGUUGACAUUACCGCUUUCUGGGCUACUGAACAAAUGGGAGUGGCAGUAAAUCCUUGCUGUAUCAAACAGACGUACCUGGAAAAGAAGCUGAAUCUAGUGGAGAGAGAGGAGGCACAGAUGAUCAGGGACAGUGCGAAAAAGGAAGGAAACAGAUGGGUAAUACCACUACCGUGGCUGCGUGAUCCUGCUGAGCUGCCAGAUAAUUACUAUCAAGUGAAGGCAAAACUGAUCAGCACGGAGAAACGGUUAGACAAAAAUGCGGACUACGCAAAGAUGUACGACGACCAGAUAAAUGAUCUUGUGGCACAGGGUUCAGCCAGGAAAUUAUACCAGGAUGAGAUAGAAAGCCACAAGGGUCCCGUGCAUUAUAUAAGCCACCAUGCUGUGUAUCGUCCAGAGAAGAAAUCAACUCCAUGCCGCCUGGUCUUCAAUUCUGCCGCCAGCUUCCAGGGACACAUCUUGAACAGAUAUCUACGGAAAGGCCCUGAUCUACUGAAUAACCUGGUUGGAGUUUUGACAAGAUUCCGCGAAAACCCAGUGGCCAUUAUGGGAGAUGUUUCCAACAUGUAUCACCAGAUAUUAGUGGAUCCAAUCCGAGAUGCACGCACACAUCGAUUUCUGUGGAGAAACUAUGAAAAUCGGCCCCCCGAUAUAUACGUGAAACAAGUGCUGACGUUCGGAGAUAUAUCUUCGCCAGCGAUUGCGAAUACUGCGAUGGACCUAACGGCGGAGGAAUUCGAAGAUCUACUACCUGAGGCGGUCACAACCAUCAAGAAUUGCCGGUAA